CACCUUCCCUCUCCUCCGCACUUCUUUCACGAUGCCUGCCAACGGAUCUGUACGCGCCGCUCUCGAGCCAGGCCACUUCCUCUUCACGUCCGAGUCCGUUGGCGAGGGUCAUCCCGAUAAGAUUUGUGACCAAGUGUCCGACGCCAUCCUUGAUGCUUGCCUCGAGCAGGACCCUUUCUCCAAGGUUGCUUGCGAGACCGCCUCGAAGACCGGCAUGAUCAUGGUCUUCGGCGAGAUCACCACCAAGGCCCACGUUGAUUACCAGAAGGUCAUCCGUAACGCGAUCAAGGAGAUUGGUUACGACUCCUCUGAGAAGGGCUUCGACUACAAGACCUGCAACAUCCUCGUCGCCAUCGAGCAGCAGUCGCCCGACAUUGCCCAAGGUCUUGACCACGGAUCGCUCGAGGAUCACGGUGCUGGUGACCAGGGCAUCAUGUUUGGCUAUGCGACGGACGAGACCGAAGAGCUCAUGCCCUUGACCAUCAUGCUCGCGCAUAAACUUAAUGCUGCGAUGGCUGUCGCGAGGCGCUCAGGCGCUCUCCCUUGGUUGCGCCCAGAUUCGAAGACCCAGGUCACCAUCGAGUACAAAAAGGACGGCGGCGCUACCAUCCCUCUUCGCGUCGACACCAUCGUCAUCUCCACCCAGCACGCUGAGUCGGUCUCGACUGAGGAACUCCGCAAGGAAAUCCUUGAGAAAAUCGUCAAGCAGGUCAUCCCGGCCAAACUGCUUGAUGACCGCACAGUCUAUCACAUUCAACCCUCUGGCCGCUUCGUCAUUGGUGGCCCUCAGGGUGACGCUGGUCUGACUGGCCGCAAAAUCAUCGUCGACACUUACGGUGGUUGGGGUGCGCACGGUGGAGGUGCCUUCUCUGGCAAGGAUUUCUCCAAGGUCGAUCGCUCCGCCGCCUACACCGCUCGUUGGAUCGCCAAGUCUCUUGUCGCGGCUGGCCUCGCGCGCCGAGCUCUUGUUCAGCUUUCCUACGCUAUCGGUGUUGCUGAGCCCUUGUCGAUCUACGUCGACACUUACGGCACUGGCAAGAAGACCGACGAGGAGAUUGUUGCUAUCAUCCGUAAGAACUGGGAUCUCCGGCCCGGUGUCAUUGUCAAGCAGCUCGAUCUGCAAAAGCCCAUCUACCGUAAGACCGCCUCCUACGGGCACUUCGGAAACCCCGACUACAACUGGGAGAAGCCUAAGCAGCUCAUUCUUUGAUCACGUCUCUUCAGUCUUCACUAGUGUUCAACACAAUCCCUCAUGCCCGUCUGCACGCAUCGGAAGUUCAUCCUUCCACAUUAUAAUUAUUAUUGACGCAUCACGCCCCUACUACCCGCCCUAGAGCUGGCAUCGUGCACUCCUCUGACCCGCCCUCUACCCCUGCAUCUCUAUUCCCCGCCCCGAAAUUCAACUGCACUCGCACGCCUGCCAUCUUACGAUUACCCUUGUUACUACUAUAUUGCUCUGGAUCUAGUCGUCGCAUCACCCUGUAUAGCCUUACUGCUGAUGAGGAAUGCAAGCGCGCUCAACCGCGUCAUGUUCCCAUUC